GCUCCGCCGGACAGCAGAAGAAAACAUGUUUUGGAAAAGUAGGAAGUGGUCUUGAAAUGCGACUUAGCUCGUUGUUUAGUUUUAAUAGCGUUUAUUUUAGGGGAAGCGUGGCUAUCGAUACAAUUAUAAAAUAAGAGUCACAUUCAGAGCUUAAAGAACACGUAGCUUAUUGUCGUUUUAAGGUGGAAAUGCCCAAAUGUAGCGAGCCUGUGUGUAGAUUCGACCAAACAUGACGGUAGCGAGUAGCCUGGCAAGCCAGACUAUAUAUUCACACAUAUAAUUUGGUCUAGUUCACUAGGCUAGGUAACGUGCCUUUCCUCCAUGCUUUCCUCGUGUUAAGUCCGUCCGUGUUCAGAACCCUGGAGCGACCUUUACGGGUCGGUGAUCGUUGUUGAAGAAUGAGUGAGCGGACCCCCAACUUACGUGACCCUACAGGAGUUUCUGUUUCCCGUGGGGCGGUGAGCGACAGCGGAGGGGUGGAUGAUGUGAUUUCCCUCAGCUCAGACGACUCGGACGACGUGGAGAUCAUCUCCUACCGGAGAUUCAUCAAGUCUGACCCGCUGCCGCUGUCCCAAGUUCGAGUCGACAUCGAAGCCCUGAACGUAAACGUCCCACGGCGUUACAUUGACUUCGCAGACCCAAGAUGGACCUUUCCGGACCUUAACAGACGCAGAAGGACGGAUUUCAUCAUCCCUCCAGUUAUAGAUCUAACAGAGAGUGAGAACGAGAACAAACUACAGGCUAAGAAUAUUCAAUUAAUUAAUGACCGUCAACAAGAGAGGGGCAAUAGAAAUCUAAAUUCUGUCUCAAUUGACCCAGCUUUUGUUCUUCUAAAAAGUUCUUUAAGCGGCCUGAAACGCUCUUAUCCACAGCCAGACUGUAGUGACCAAAAGCAGAAAUAUUUGAGUUCUCCAGCCCAACUCCAGGGGGAAGUCCUGACAGCACAUCUGCCUUUUUAUGAAAGCUGUACCACAGAGCUGACCACAUCUCAGUGUUUUGUCCAGCUCACCAAAGACUCUUCCUCAAUGUCACUGUAUCAUUUAAACAAUAACAGCAAAUCACAAGAAAGUAUUAGCAAUUUUAAAACUACUGUAUUAGAUAUCGCUCACACUGGACCUGACGCAGCAAAAGCUCCAGAUGGACAUCCAGUUAACAGUGAGGAACUUUCACAUCAACAGUGUCAGGACAAAGUAUUGCAGCACCUUCAACGUCCUGCUGACUGUGCUGUCGCAGAGGAAAAAAACUCGGAUCCAACUGUUAACAAGUACAACACCAGUGAAAACAAGCUAGGAUGUUUUCACUCUCCUAACCUGAAUCCAUCCUCAACUUUCCCUCCUUCACCUCGAAGUGAAGCUUCCAAAGAAACCCUGGUCCCCAAAGUGGAAGAGGUGGAAAUAAACAGAUCUGAAUUGCCCCACCCGGAUCAACCCUCCCCAUCUUCUCCUCCUGGACUGAACCCGUGUGACCACACCGAGUUCGACUCUUUCUCACACACAAGUCGCACAUCUGGGCAUGUGAGCCAAGCUGACCCCUAUGAACAAAUGCGAGGUGAAAACUCCCCUGAGUGGUGGAUGGAGAUGGACUCCUACAGAGAGCUGGGAGAUGAGAGUCCAGUGUUGUUGGUUUGGCCGGGGGAAAGCGAUGAAGAAGACAAGAAUGAAGGGUGCAGGUUUGGCUCAGACUUCAGGGCUGUCAGUAAAGAGGAUAGACAGUUUGUUUGUCCAGUUGCUUUUAACAACCUAACGUCUGGACCAGCUCAAAUCCUGAUUGAUGAAAACUAUGAAAGCGUGGGACCUCCAGAGGUGCUGUGUCGUCAGAGCCUGAGUCUGGUUUACAGUACCAUAGAUGAGAACCUCUCAGAAGGCACCUUACAGCAGUUAUCGGACCUGCUGCAGCCUGGUUACUAUCCUCCCAAAGACAUAACCUCCCACCUGCUUCGGGGCAUUCUGCUCGAACCACAGAGUCCCUAUCACCUCCGGGUGGAGGCUUUCAAUUUGCUGAUGCGAACACAACGACACCACAGGGUUAAUAAAACCACCGUUCCAUGGGAUUGGGAGUUACUCACCUCAGUCAUGUCCAGUCAGAACCACAAAGGGACGCACCAGCAUGAAGUUGUGCGUAUGUUCUUGGAAUAUGUUCUGCAAACUUUAGAGGAUGACUUCAACUUCAAAAGUUCUUCAUCUGUCCUCCACCAGUCCAUCGCAAAAGCAACAUUGUCGUGUGGUCAUCAGUUUCCUCGGGUCAAAGACGUCAUCAGGUGGUUGUUUUCUGCAAUAAUCAAAUCAACAGAGCUGGCAGAAAGUGGUGACGCAAUCAGAGAGAGAGAUGAACAAAUAAGAAUUGUGUCCCUCUUCCAAAGGAUGCUGUCUCUGGCUCUGGAGGUGGACCGUUCUCCUACUGUAAACUCUGCCAAACUUUCCCAGGAGCUCUUCCAUAUGGUCAUCAGCCACAUGCCUCAACGGGCACACAGGAUGUUAUUGCUGGAGAACCUGAACAGCAUGCUGCUGAGAUGUAAGCUGUUGGAGCAGUUACUGGACUACGCGUGUCCACAGAAGAUCCCCCAGCCCAUGUCGCUCACUCUGCUGCUGCACUUCCUGAAGAACUGCAGUCUGACACCAGACUCAGCGGAUGGUGCGGAGAGGUGGAGAAGGUGGGAGGAGUUGAUCCACCUGCUCUGGAUGUUGCUGCUCAGCUACUACAGAGCAAUGAAAGGCUGUCUGUGGAGCAACUCCACAGAGCAACGAGACAAACCUGGAUCAUUUGUUUACAAGCCGGACGACAUGGUGACGAAGCUCGCUGUUCGAGACGCUGUUGACAGCUUCCUGUCCAGAUCUCGGGCUGACAUCGGACAAGAUUUACCUCUUCAUGUGGAAGAGUCUUUAACAUAUCUGCAGGAUCACCUGCUAGAUGUUUGUCAGUGAUAAACAGCCUUAUUUGCUCUUCAGUAUAAGAAUGUUGCCUGAAGCAUUGCUCUAAUUGUAUACUUUGUGUGUUUUUAUGCAUUUAUGUCUUUGUUUUGCACAACUGCAAUUUAAUAAAAAAUGUUUAUUAUCUGUUUAUAAAAAA